GUUUGUCUCGCGUUGCCUUUCUCGGGGCCGGAUCCCUACGCAAACAGCCGUCUCUAUCGUGCUUCGACUCUGUCGAACACCCAUCCCCUUGUCCAAGGCACCAUCUCUCCUGAGGCCUUUUUGAAUUUAAUCACUUUCUGGCAAAACAAAUCCCCGUUGAUUCGGACCUUGCGCUCACACAGGAACUGGAGUGUGUGGAAGUUAAAUGUCAUCGGUUGCCAUGAGUGAGGAGCGGGCCUCCGAAAUUGCCCCAACGGCAGCGCCAGAAUCACAGACAGCACCCCGCCCACGUUGCCCGUAGCCGGGACUAGUCCACAUGCAAAGAGGGAUGAUUGCCACGAGUCACCGCUAGCGUCUGAGUCUGACCUACCGAUCGCGACAAAGAAAUUAAUAUUUGCACGUCACAGCCACGUGGACGUGACACGUCGUACUAAGCAGCCGCCUCGAGUCUUGACCACCGGCAAUUCAUGAGUUCAUCCAAUAUCGAUGCAGCAAGUGUGAAGGCUCUUCUUGAUCGACUCAGGGGGUCUCAAGCAUGGCAAGACGCGGUCAACUCCCAAGCCUCUACAAGCGGGGUUGUUCAAACGGUGCCUUCCCCUCAAGAUAAGCAUACACCAGAUCCUGGGAUCCCCGCCCCGUCUGUCGCGUCGCUUCUCUCACAGUUAAACGCCACCCCAAGCACCAACACGCAAUCUGAGCCGCAACUGGCACGUAGUCGACCAUAUGGACCCUCGUCGAUCCCAGUUCCAACUCUAUCAGCACGAGGACAGACUCUGGCGCCGGUCUCAAACACCGCCCCUCUUGUAAUCGAAGAUGUCCGAGGGAUGUCUUUCCAGCAGGCUCUUCCGAGGCUCGGUGAACUGGCCGAGGAUCCAGCUGUGGUCGCAGCCAUCCAACGGCUCAAACAAGAGCAAGACAGAUUAGAGCGCCUGCUUUGGGACGAGCGCACCGCCAUCCGCACUAAAUUCGAAGAGAAGGUUCAGGUCGCCAAGAACAAGGCCACCAUGAUCGGUGUCGGACUGUCCAAGCACGAAGCAGAUAUGCUUGUUUCGGGAUAUGAAAAGGAACUGGCACGAUUCGAUUCUGAACGUGUGGUUCCGGCCUGGGACGGAUUGGUCUCAAACCAGCAGUCGGCGUUGGCCCAAUUGGGGAUCCCCACCAUGUUUCCCACUACUGUCAGAACAGACGCCGAGCGCCAGCAGCGUGUGAUACAAGUUUUAGAGGGUAUCUUAGGCUGAAUGUUAGCCAUGUCCGUCAAUGGCCUUGUUUCCGGCCCGUAGUCCGUUGAUGCGUAGAUACCAUUAUUUCGUUCGGGCUCCUUCCGCUUGGGCCACGCGCCAAUUUCCACGCGCCGAUGAAUAUCCGCAUCGCGUUCCGCUUGAUCCAGUGAUCGUGACUCCGAGGAUGACCAGUUUGGUGUCUGGAUGCGAUCGGCCGCGUAGCAAGGUUCCUCCGGAGACCGUCUCGGACUCACUCAGGGAUCGAAGAUAGCAGCUCGCUUUUCCUCUGCACUUAGGCCAUGGUCUCGACGCGCUAAAUCCUCUUUUGGACUGGACACUAUUUUGCAAUUAGCCCUUCCUCACAAUGCCUUUCGUCGACCUGCAAAGCUCGAACGACUUUGCUUCCAUCUUCUACCAAACCAACUCACCUUCGGGCAACGUGGGCGGCUUCGAUUCCAGUAAACCGCUCGUCUGCAUUCUGCACCCCACAUUCCUCGAUUCUUCAUGGGUCUACUCGCAGUUUGAAGACCCUCGCCUGGAUUCGGAGUUCAAUCUUAUCGCAUUCGACAUGCGGGUCGCAGGGAAGUCGGAGUGUCGGACGAGUGGGAAGCACGACAGCUGGGUGGACGCAGCGGAUUUGGCCCUUUGCCAUCAGUUUCUGAAGCUUCCCCCGCUCCACAUUCUCGCUCUCGAAAGCAAUGCUAUCAACUGCGCCCUCCGAUUCGCGGCUCUAUUUCCAGAACUAUGUCUCAGUCUGGCGUUGUGUAACGUGCCAGCGCCCACCGAACUCAAAUGGAUCUACACGGCGUACGAUGAACUGAUACAGACCUGGUGCUUUGCCGAGGAUUUAGAGUCCUACGAGCAUAUUGCCAUGGAAGCGGUCACUCUGACUCUGGGGCCUGACACUCCGCCCGACUUGCGGGAUCAGCUCAUCGCCUACUGGGAAGUCACAAGCCAUCCAAGGCGACGCACACGACUUCUUGAGCAGGCGAAUAUCCUGAUGCAUCGAACACCUCUUCCGACGUCCGCCUUCACGCACAUCACACAGCCUGUUCUCAUAAUUCAUGGAGACGCGAACGAGGCAUGUCCUCGGAAAUAUGCUGAACGCUUAGCCAAUGAGCUCAAGGCGGUGUUAUACACUGUCAAAGGUGGCGGAGGCUAUCUCAGCAUUCCUCUUGGCACAGCGUCCAUCGUGAACCAGGUCUACACCAAAUUCAUUUCCCGUCUGCCUCACGUCGAGUCCGACUUUCCUGCGAGCAUACGGCCAGUCGAAGACCGAAUGCGGGAGGCUCUGGUCACACUGGAAACAAUCACGGGAGACAAUCUGCGAACGCGAGAUCCGAUGUCGUCCCUUUCCUUCAGCUGUCUCUCUGAAGAGAUCGUGCAGCGGCAGAGCCAAGCGCUGGAAGCCUACAAAAGGGGGCAAAGUACCGCGUUCCUGCCUCUUGGACCGACAGGGAGACCAAUUCGGAGAUACUCGGAGCGACCCCGGGAUGAUUGGUUCGAGAGCAAGUCGGAAGGCAUAUCAUAUGCAGGCGGCCGUUACUUUCCAGAGGGAGGAGUCCGGUCCGAUAGGCCACUUCCGAUGCCGCAACCCGAGCUGACUUCCAAUGAUCACAACCGCUUACGACGAGGAACGUUCAACUCGGGCUCUGUUGAGAAAGGUGUCAUCAAGGGCUCGAUGGCUCGAGUCGUCGGCACCCAACCCACGUUGCAGAAGCUGUUUCUGUAAUAUCAUCAUAUACCAUCCAUCUGUCCAUCAGUACUGUAUCAGCGGCCAUACCCCCAUAUAUAUGUCAUCCAUA